AUGGAUUCUCUUGGACUUCCCUCUCUCAGUGCUCACAAACUCUCACAUUUUAACUUGCAAAAAGAACAAAGCACAAAAUUGUUUUCAAAAUUGCGUCACUUCAACUCUUCAGUGUCACCCUCUUUGAAACUCAGUCCAACCUAUACAACUCAACGUUUACGAAGGAGUAUGAUACAAAUGCAAGCUGUUGAUGGAGACUUUGAACUGAAGCAAGCGAGAGACAUGGCAGCAGCCAAGAAAAGAUGGGAUGCUCUGAUUAGGGAAGGAAAGGUAAAGAUUCUUACACCAAGGGAAGCUGGGUAUGCAAUUCAACUUUCUAAAAAACCUCUACUGGAUGUUCGUCCCUCCUUGGAACGGAAAAAGGCAUGGGUUAAAGGCUCGACUUGGAUUCCAAUAUUUGAAGUUGAUGAUAAUUUUGAUGCUGGAACUGUUGCAAGGAAGAUUACAAAUUUUGUGAUGGGAGGUUGGUGGAGUGGUGUGCCUACAUUGUCUUAUGAUAAGCAGUUCCUAUCAAAGGUCGAGGAGAAGUUUCCAAAAGAUGCAGACCUUAUUGUUGCAUGCCAGAGAGGAUUGAG